CCAGCCUCCUGGCCGGAGUAAAAUUGUGCAGGCAGCCACACUGCGCGUCAGAAGACUGUCCGCGCUCCCCCACGUCGAUGACUGCCGCUGCAGAGACCAACUGGUCCACGCGUGAACGAGCACAAGUCAGGAUAAGGUUUCUCAAGCCCGGGAAAGUAUGCCGGCGAUAGUCAGCAAAAACUCCGACAUGGAGUUUGACUAUUUGCAACCGUGCUUCUACCCGGACGAGGACUACUUCUACUUCUGCGGGCCAGACUCCGCGCCACCGGGGGAGGACAUCUGGAAGAAAUUCGAGCUGCUGCCCACUCCGCCCGUCUCCCCGAGCCGCGCCGCGCUACCCGGGGAGCAGCCGGAGGCGGACCUCCUGGGUUUCGGCUUGGGGGACCCGCUGGACUGGGCCUCGGAGCUGCUGCUCUCGCCCGAAGACGACAUCUGGGGGGCGUCCGACGAUUUGGAUCUGUUCGGUUCCGCUUUGGAUACAAACCCAAACAGCAUCAUCCUCCAGGACUGUAUGUGGAGCGGAUUCUCGGCCCGGGAGAAGCUGGAGAGGGCGGUCACGGAGAAACUGGGCAAGGCGAUUACGAGCGCCACGGCCACGGCGACCGCCCCGGCUCCCGCGACCACGGCCGCUGCCGCCGCCGCCGCCGGCUCCGGGAGGCGGGACGCGUGCGCCAAAGCCCCCGAGGCGACGAGCCGCAACGCGGCGUCGGAGUGCGUGGACCCCGCCGUUGUGUUCCCCUUCCCCGUGAACAAGAAGAGCGCCGGCGGGGACUCGACCGGCGGCGCGAGCGCGUCCGCGGGCCGCGGGAGCGCCCACAGCGACUCCGAAGAAGAAGAAGAUGAGGAGGAGGAGGAUGAUGAUGAUGAUGACGAUGAAGAAGAAGAAGAAGAGGAGGAUGAUGAGGAGGAGGAGGAAGAGGAGAUUGACGUGGUUACAGUUGAAAAAAGGUAUUUCACAUUCAGCAAAACCUCAGCUGCGGCGUCAAGAAGUCAAGACCAGAGGGGAGCCGCCUCGGGGUCCGGCGGGGCGGGUCGCUUCGUCAGCCGAGCGCCCCAGGAGCUCAUCCUGAAGCGGAGCUCGGUGCACCAGCAUCAGCACAACUACGCCGCGCCCUCGCCGUACACGUCAGACGACGACCCGGCGCCGCCCCCAAAGAAGCAGAGGACGUCCGACGCCGCGCGGCACCCGGCCAGGACCCCCUCCUCGUCCUCGUCGUGCGGCUCGGUCGGGUCGGGCCCUCGCAGCAAGCGCAGCUACAGCGGGGACAGCAGCCCGAGGGGCGGCUCCGACUCGGAGGACAGCGAGCGGCGGCGCAACCACAACAUCCUGGAGCGCCAGCGCCGCAACGACCUGCGCUCCAGCUUCCUGACCCUGCGCGACCACGUGCCGGAGCUGGCGCACAACGAGAAGGCGGCCAAGGUUCUGAUCCUGAAGAAGGCCACAGAGUACGUGAGCUCCCUGGACAGGGAGGAACUGCGGCUCCAGCAGGAGGUGGUCCGACUGCAGGCCCGCCGGCAGCAACUGAUGCGCCGACUAGAGCAGGCGAGGACUCGCUAACCCGUCGCCGCCCGAAAAACACACAUAUACACACACACACACGUUCCCGGGAAGACUCCUGGCCGCCACCACCUCUACCGAAAACCUCCUCACCCAACCCGGUCUGCACGGGUAAACAUUGAGUUAAGCGCAGGCCCACAUGUACAAAGACCACCUCUGAGGACGACGCGAUGCGCUAACGCGAGGGAGAUGGGCCGAUGCUUCUGGAGGGAUUUUCGGACUUUCACUGCCGCCACUUUUUUUGCACAUUUGUUGACAUUAAGAAUGUUUAGGAUUUACUUUUUCAGUCCAGUCACAUUGAGGAAUGAGGAAAUAGUCUUUUUUUUUUUUAUAUCACAUUGUUCUGGUAUUAGUUUGUAUUGUAAGCUCUUUUUUUUUUUUUUUUUUUUUUGGUGGUUUUUGUUUUUUCCUGUACUCACUGUGACACCAGCCUGGAAUUCAGCGGGAUUCCUACCGGGACCGGUGUUGGAGGGCACUUUGCUCGGAACGCUCAACUUAACUAAGAAGCCGUUUCACACCUCUAAACUUUUUGCCUUCACCACUGCAAAUGCAGACAAAUCUUUAAGAAAUAGCAAAACAAACACUAUAUAGACAAGUGAUGAUGCCACUAAAAGGUUUUUUGUUCUCCCUCCCACACACACCCCCCUGACCCCCCCUCAUUCCUCGAUCACACUGGUGCUCCAGCCAAGUAAAUGGAUGUAUACCCGUGCACCUUUCUAGCCGACACUUUUGUAUAUACAGUGGGGUACACACUUGUGUUCAAAAUGCCAGGUUUUUGUUAUAGAAAAAACAAAUUACAUUGAGAUAAACCUUUUGCAUAAUUUUCCCAUCGUUAUUAUGACCCUUUUUUUUUUUUCAUUGCGUUGCACAAGUUCUAGAAGUGUUAUACGUUUGGACAAGUAUGGACACCCCUUUUUUAAAAACUGGCAACGUGAUGAAACGACUGCAUUUAAAUAGGAGUCAGCACACGCCUGCCACUGUUUUGAAGUGCCUGCGUUUAAUUCCCAAAUAAAGUUCAGAUUUUCUAGCAGUCUUUUCAGGACAUUUUUUUCAAGUCACAUCUGCCGAGACCAUGCAGAAAUCGCUGUUCGAACUUGGAAAGUCACGGGAAAGGUAAAAAAAAGAAUUCCGAUGGCAUUAAUGGUACCAUGGAAGAUCGUGACUAAAUCUCCAAAAUUGAUGAAAAUGCUGGUCAGGGAAGUUGGAAAAAAUGCAUGAAAUUUCCAAAUGUGAGAAAACAGAUGGAACCAAGGUCCAACUUUUCGCCAUGAUUUAAAAAAAAAAAGUCAGUCUGGCACAAACAUUUCACUGCUUAACGCGCAACAACGCACCGUACUUGACGUCGGUGGCCGCAGUACACCUGUGAACUGUUUUUCUUCAGUAGGAAUUGGACUUAGUCAUGAUGGCGGGGUAUCAUGGAUGGUUAUAAAUACCAGGCAGUGAUGGAACGCGACCUUGAGGGUUCUGCUCGCAAGCUGCGGCAGAACUCCCAUCUAUCGGCCAGACAAUGAUGCGACUAUACAUCCAAAAAUCAACAAAACAACGUGCGUUUUUGAAAUGACUCAAGCAGAGUCGAGACCCAAAUGGAAGAGGGCCACCCGUGAACAGAUUUCGCCCUCGCAAUCUGACAGAUUUGGAACGUUUUUGACAAUAAGAGUAGGCAAAUUAUACCACAUUAUACACCCCCCCCCCUCCCAAAAAAAGUGUACUGUACUAUUUAACAAAAGGCAGCGGUGCGACAACUGUGUUUGAGGGUGUGCAUAUUUAUGCAAGCGGAUUAUUGUACAGAUGAGAUUUGUUUUCUCCCUUCGAUUGAGUUGUGCAGUUUGAUUGUUCCCAUUCAUUUUGGAAAAGAUUUUGAAAGUGUUUGAUUACUUUAUAUCACGAAUAUCUUGCAUUGUAACACGGGUGCAUAGAUUUUUUUUUUUUUAUAUACAUCAACCGUUAAAAUCAAUGUACAGACAAAAAUACACACAGAUCUGCCUUGUUUUGUAAAACAUUUUGUCUUUUUUUUUAUAUAAAUAUAUACUUGUCAGGAAGCUGCCAAUAAUAACUAGACUGGAAGUUUAUAUACCUUUAAAAAGUACUGUAAAGGCCUCCAUUUUUGAGAGUCGUGAACUUUUGUAAUAUAACGAUAUAUUGCUUUUAUUCCUCUCUUUUUCUUUGUAUCAUUUUACUAAUUCUACACCUUUUACGCUUUUUAGUGUGAUACAUACUAAAUUUGAUACCUAUAUUUUCGUAUGAAAAUGAGUUCUCGGUAGAUAUCACUUAUCUUUUUUUUCAUCUUCUAUCUCAAACUUUUGUACAGCAAAUGUGUUCUAUCCACGUACGUUUUAAUCCCCCCCCCCUCGCUUUCUUUUGUUUAUAUUUGUAACUAUCGGGUGCAUAGAAUUGGGUAUAUGGAUGAGAGAUGGGGUGUUUUUUUUUUUUUUGCCCCCCCCUCCCGAUUUUGAAAAUGUACAUUUUAUUAGUGCUGCAACUCAUAGCACUUUGAAAUACCUCAUUUUGACAAAUAAAUAGACAUCAUU